CAAAAUUCCCUUGAACUUUCUCAUAUCACAGAGUUAAACAAGAAAGCUUAUCAAUAAAUUUCUGUUACUUAAAUCAAAAGCCGACUUAUGGACUUCCCUUUUCCCCAAUAUCCAUGGGAUGCAUCGUCUCGUCCUCGCCACGGUAGAAGCUUUAGAGGGAUCCCGGUUCAGGUCAUGCCCGAAGCCUCGUCGGUUCAGUCUUUGAAGCCCAACACGGUAUCCAUCCCCGUCCGCUUUGUUUGUUCGGAACGCGGCAGAUCCGACUCGGCAAUCAAGAUCCAGAAGGUGUUUAGGGGAUUUCUGGUGCGAAAAAACGUGAAGAAGAUCAUGGCAAUUAGAGAGGAAGUUAAUGAAAUGGAGCGCAGGGUUCUCCAGAAAGAGACAGUGGAAUUGAUUCGGAAUGAUUCAAAGGAGAAAUUGAAAGCGAACGAGAUUCUGAUGAGCUUGCUUUUCAAAUUGGAUUCCGUAAGUGGAGUGGAUUCGCGUGUUAGGGAUUUAAGGAAAUCCGUUAUUAAGAAGGCGAUUGCGUUGCAACAGCUUGUUGACGCCAUUGUUUCUGGUGAUCAGCCCGUGAAUUCCAGCAAUGCCGAGGCUGUGGACCAAAGGCAGCAUAUUAUCGAUUCUUCUGAUAAUUGCAUUCAAUCUCUGGAGUCAGAGAAUCUCGAGGAAACAACCAAUGACGCUGAACGCGUGCCUGAGUCGUGUGAACCGGAAGGUACUGCUGCUGCUGCUGCUGCUGCAGCAGCAAUUCAAGGGAAUGAGGAGGAGACGUCAGAAACUAAUGGAAUCGAAUCCUUUGCCAAUCAUGAGAAUACAAUUGAAGAAGAUGAUGAAAACGAGGGGGAAGAGAAAGGGAUGAAGACUGUGAGUGAGGAGGAAAAUGGGAGAAAGGAGAUGAUGUUAGAGAAGAUAAUGGAGGAUAACGAGAAGAUGAUGAGGUUGAUGGAGAAGUUGUCGGAGAGGAACGAAACGCAGACUCGGAUGUUGUGCGCGUUGACUCAAAGGGUGGAGCAGCUUGAGAAAGCAUUCUUGUGUGACAAAUUGAGGAGAAAGAAAAGGAGAAAUGACGAGAAAUCGCAGGAUACCAAAAAGUGUGGAGGGAAGAGAUCUUCUACUUUCUAAACUUCUUUUAUGUUGUGUUGUUAUCAGGAAUUAUUAGUGAUAAUUGAUACAGAAAAUAAUCUCAGUGAUAAAAAAUGUAGUAUAAUAUAUGAUUUUAACUAA